AUGGCGGCAGAGGACGGUUCGGGCGCCGCGCUGGAGCGGUACAUCAGCGACCAGAUGGCGGGGCUGAGCCUCGCCGUCCCCGCCGACGAUGUCGAGAUGAUGGCGCGCUUUGUGGAGGAAGACCUGGAGCGCGAGGAUAAGGUCGAGGGCGUGAAGGGUAUGCUGGAGGGUGUUGUCGAGGACGGCGUGCUCCCGGACGCUGGCCUCGACGAGGCCCUCGAUUCAAUCAUCGCGGAGUGGGAGCGCCUCAAGGCCGCAGACGACGCGGCCGCCGCCGCCGCCGCCGAAGCUGAGGCUGCCGCGCAGCCUGCCCCGCCCGUCAAGGUCGACGCCGCGGCCAUCCUCGCCAGCAUGACCGACGAGGAGCUCAAGGCAGCGCGCAAGGCCGCGCUGCUCCGGCAGUACGCGUACGUCGACGGCGGGCCCGAGCUGCAGAUGCGCGACGGCGCGCCGCCAAAGGGCAUGGCGGCGCUCGAGGCCGAGGAGAAGCGCAAGGCCGACGAGCGCCGGCGGCUCGUCGAGGAGGCUCUGAGGCUCGACGGCAAGAAGAAGAAGCACCGCAAGCAGGAGAUCGACGACCCGCUCGAGUGGCAAAACCUCAACAAGGAAAAAGUCGCGGCGGCAUCAGCCAUGCAGCGCGACGCGGCCAAACGCGGCGCCCAGGACAAGAAGGAGCGCGACCGCGCGGCGCUCGACAAGCAGCGUGCCGACCAGGCAAAGGCAAAGGCGGACAAGCAGAAGAAGGCUGCCAAGCAGGAACGCCGUGCGUGA